AUGUCGUCCACUGGCAAGGUCACGGAUUGGGUGAAUCCCGCCGACAAGAGCGGCGAGUUCAAAAGGCAGGUCAGCUCAUUCCGCGACUGGAUCUCCAACGAGCCCGGAGCAAAGUUCCCCGUGGAGAAGUCGCGAUACCACCUGUAUAUAAGCUAUGCCUGUCCUUGGGCAACCCGGGCGAUCAUUGCGAGGAAGCUGAAGGGGCUGGAGGAUUACAUCACCGUGUCCUCUGUUCACUGGCACCUCGGCGAGAAAGGAUGGCGCUUCCCAACCGCCGACGACAAGGACGCUGAGGGGGAGGACGUGGUCCCGGACCCCCUCCACGAGGAAUUCACCCACCUGCGGCAGAUCUACUUCGAGUCUGACCCUGACUACUCUGCACGCUUCACGGUGCCCGUCCUCUACGACAAGAAGCAGAAGCGCAUCGUGAACAACGAGAGCAGCGAGAUCCUGCGCAUGCUUGGAACCGCUUUCGAUGAGCAGCUCGACGAGAAGUACCGCAACGUCGUGCUGUACCCGACAGACCUGCAUAAGCAGAUCGACGAGGCCAACGAGUGGCACUAUGACCUGAUCAACAACGGCGUGUACAAGUCCGGAUUUGCCACCACCCAGGAGGCGUACGAGCGCAAUGUCCAUGCCCUGUUCGGCGCCCUUGACAAGGCUGAGGCGCACCUUGCCUCGGGCGAAGGGCCGUACUAUUUUGGCAAGCAAUUGACUGAGACAGAUGUUAGGCUGUUUGUCACCAUUAUUCGGUUCGAUCCCGUCUACGUCCAGCACUUCAAGUGCAACAUCAAAGACAUUCGGUCCGGCUACCCACACCUGCACUCGUGGAUGCGGAACCUGUACUGGAACCACCCGGCCUUCAAGGACACGACCAACUUCCUGCACAUCAAGAACCACUACACCCGCUCGCACAAGCAGAUCAACCCCUUCUCCAUCACGCCGGUCGGCCCUCUCCCGGACAUCCUGCCGCUCGAUGAGGAGGUGCCUGCUCUGCAGCAGGCCGGGAAGCUGUGA